AUGCAUGCCUUACCCAAGAUGAACCUCCUCGUCAGCCUCUUCCUAAGUACUAUCACCUACAUCAUUCAUGUACCGAAGAUCGCCUAUUUAAAUAUACAUGAACUGGUGGGGGGCACAUGGAAAGAAUGGCGCGAAGUUCAACAUCUCCAGGGAUCAGCUCAAGUUACGCUAAGGAACAUUUUCUAUACACUUGGUAUCAAAUACGACCCUAAAUAUCCCGAGUCUGAAAAGUAUGCACGGGAAGCGUGGCUUAUUAUGCAAUCAAUCGGGGGGCUGGUCCGGUCUCCGGAUCUAGAAGCUAGUAAGGUGCGCAUCUAUUGCGAUGAUGAUGCUCGCUGGAUAAAACCGGCUCCCGCCGAAGUGUCUGGAAGGAGGGACAAAAAUGGUCUACUCCCGAAGAACGCUCUCUUUAGCAAGGCUCUGGGAGAUCGAGUUCAAACAGAUCACCAUCUUUAUUUCGACAUCGAGCAAAACCUAGAUGGUAGUCAGCCGUGGCGCUCCGUUAGGGGUACGCCGCCCUGUCGUCAAGGGCGAUUCAGUGUUGAAAAAGAGCUUGGGUAUCUCAGGCUCAUUCGGGAGACCUCUGGUGAUAAAUAUGAGGUAGUAUUAUGCAGGUAUUUGUUCACCACGACCGGAGCUAGCUCAUUCAAGAGACUGAGACACCAGUGGGGCUUGGGCGCGCCUUUGAGUCUUGCUAGGAACGAGGUUCUCUCUCUAUCGUUUAUGACUAGUCUAUUCCUCCUAAGGAUCCUAGUAGAAGGACAGCUAACACGUAGGCGUCCUAACGUACCAAACGAAGAUGGGAAGACAUGGCAAGAUAUAAUAUUACGGCCUCAAGAAACGAGCGCAAACUCUCCACUAAGCUACGCAUACUUCGGCUUGCUUUCUUACCUAGCAGACUUCGGAGUGGAGCUAAGUGAGGAUGAUAACCAGGCUAGAGCCGGUACAUUAGUCGAUGUGAAUAAUCGCUAGAAAGGCUCAUGAGGAUUAUGGCCCGUUAUUAGUAAACUGGGAACUCUCGUGUAAAUAUUACGGUCGCUAGACCUUAGUCUGGUGGUGAUAUCGAGGAUUACAAUGAUGGCACAUAGAUACUCCCAUCUCAGACUACUAGCCGCAAGGGCUGUUCUAUAGUCAUCAUAGGAGGAGGCAUUUCGAUUAUCUGCCUUGUCUCCAUAAUACGAACAGACGCUUUUCACAUCAGCCUUGGAUAGUUUCGCGUUCUGUUUGCCUAUUGCUAUCUAAGUCGAUUGAUUCUUGUUCAUGGACCGCGCUAGCUAUUUCUUUCAAUGCAUCUAAGGAAACUUAUAGCCACAACCCACAUUGUACAACGAGCUUGCAAGGAGCAGAUUGCUGUACUGGAUAUGGGCGCCGUUGAUCGGGUUGUCGCCAAAGUCUUGUGCUUGACUGCAUCC